GAACUAGGGUUAAAAAAACAAGUGGUUAAGAAGGACAACCACAAAACCAAAGAUUUUUAUUAUCAACAGUCAUCACUGCUCAUCAUCAUCAUCAACAUUUCUCUCCUUACUUUUCUUCUUCUUUCUCUUUUUUCUCUUUAGUCAACUAAAAAAAACUUCACCAUUUUCUCUUUAACCCAUUUUUCUUUAUAGGGUUAGCUAUUAUAUGAAAUGGUGAUGACUGAUCAUAUUUAUAAUCUACACAAACAUCUAAUAAUUCUAACAUACCCAUAAAAAAGCAGAGAAGACCCCUCUUCUUCUUUCUCUUUAAUUUUUAUUUUUAUUUUUAUUUUUUUGGAAUUUUUUUCUUUCAAAUAUUUUUAAUUUUUAAUUUUUAUUUUGAGAAACCCUAGAUGUUUGAGCCAUGGAAAUAACCCCUACAAUUACAACCACCACAGCUACUAACACUGGUAGUACGAAAUCCCCAGAAGCCGAGAGCGAAACUCCGACAAGGAUCCAACCCAUUAAGCCAAUCUCCAUUAGUAACGGUGUACUCAAACGCCACAACCCACAUCACCACCAUCACCACCACCACCACUUACCGGCGCCGGCCGCAGUAUCAUCUCCAACAGCAGUUGUUUCGUACAGAGAAUGUCUCAAAAACCACGCCGCCACUUUGGGUGGUCAUGCCCUAGAUGGCUGCGGCGAGUACAUGCCUUCACCUACAGCUAUAUCAACAGACCCAACAUCGCUAAAAUGCGCCGCCUGUGGUUGCCACCGAAAUUAUCAUCGCCGGGAGCCAGAUGAGCAAGCUUUAUUGUUACCUCAUCAUCAUCAUCCAACAACAACAACAACCCAUGUCAUCGAGUACCAGCCUCACCAUCGUCACCAUCCUCCUCCACCACCUCAGCCACACCACGGCGGUGGAAAUCGAAGCCCCAAUUCGGCUUCUCCUCCGCCGAUCUCAUCUUCUUACUACCCAUCUGCACCUCACAUGCUGUUAGCUCUAUCGACCGGGCUAUCGGGUCCGGGCGGAGCCCAAGAGAACGCGGGUGUCGUCGGCGGUGGCGGUGGGAUGAUCACACCGAACUCUAAUAGUUCCCGUAAAAGGUUCAGAACUAAGUUCAGUCAAGAACAGAAAGAGAAGAUGUACGAAUUCGCUGAGCGAGUUGGUUGGAAGAUGCAGAAGAGAGAUGAAGACAUUGUUAUGGAGUUUUGUAAUGAUGUUGGUGUUGAUAAAGGGGUUCUUAAAGUCUGGAUGCAUAAUAACAAGAACACACUUGGGAAAAAAGAUAUUAAUGGCGGAGGAGCCAGUACAGGUGGAAGAAGCAACAACAACAACAACAAUACUAAUCUUAAUCUUCUUGAGCAAAACCAUAACAAUGGCGGUAGCAGCAACAAAACCAACAGUGAGAACGACAACAACAACAACAACAAUGUUCAGAAUCUCAACCAUUAUAAAGAUGAUGAUGAUGAUGGUGGAGUUCAUGUAGCAACUAAUGGUUCAUCUUCUACUUCUUGAUCUUUCAUGAAUAAUAAACAAGGUGUUAGAUAGAGAGUAAGCAAGCCCUACUUUGGUAUUAAUUAGUUUCUUCUUCUUCUUUUUAUUAUUAUUUUUACUUAAUUUUCUUUCUUAUUUUGUUUAGAGUUUUAAUUAAUGAGAUCAUCACUUUGUUGAGGAUAUAUAUAAAAAAAAAAAAAAGAAAUUAAUUUUGCUUA